AGCGAUCCAGCGGUUGGUCCUCUUGAUUGCAGUCAGUCGACAAGUAGACGUUGUAUAAGUGAGCGGUUUGUUUACAUAUUAUUAAAUACAAGUUCAAUGUUAUUUAUUUGGUGUUAAAAAAUUUGUUAUUGGUUAAUUGACAGCUCCCGGCAUUUUUUAAAAAUAAUUUUAUCAAAAUGGAGGAUCAAGUGUUGUUAUAAAGUCAGCGUACGUUGCUGUCAUUAACAAAAUUGAGUUUAAAGAAGAUGAUAUAAUAAUAAAGACAAAAAAAAUUUGUUGUUGGGUUAUCGAACUUUUAUUGUCUGAAGACUAAAACAAUAAUAGUAGAUACAAGUCUCGAUUAAUGACACGAAGAGUCCAGUAUCUGUGAGCAGAGUGUGAACACGCGACCUAGAUCAGUACGUUGAACUGAUCUGUAUGAACUAGCUGUGAAUAAUAAAAUAUUAUUAGUUUAUAUUAAAUAUUAAAUAAAUAAUAUAAAUUACUUUAUAUUAUAUAAAAUAAAACAAUUUAUUGAGCAAUUGUUUAGUGAAAGUUUGUGAUUCAACAUAACUUUGUUAUUAAUCUUUGAAAGGCCGCUGAUAACACUAAUGAGUGAUUGAAGUGAUAACAAAUAGUAUUGAUAGUUAGUUUAAAGUUUAUUGUUAUUAUAAAUAAUUAGUUUGAGGACGGUGACGGAAAAAUACAAAGAGGGGAAACUGAAAGACAAGUUGGAGGUCAAAAAAAUUUCGUCUAUUAUGCGUAAAGUGAAGGAAGCUAUGAAGAGCAAAGCUGUCAGCUGACUAGCAGAGUUAUUCCGCGUUCCAGCGGGAGUUGAUCAAAUAAAUCGUCAUCGAAACUGCAAUAAAGAUAAUCCAGAACAGAAACAAGAGCCCAGGUGUUCAGUAAUGACUUUCAGCACGGCGUUUCAUGCCGACAAAUCUCCUCUUGACAGUCAUUCAGUCAUGCAUCGACCUAGCACGGUUUCGGGAGAGGAAGGGAUGCUUACAGGAAGUUUAGGAGCCAAGUUAAAAUGUUCAUCACCGAUAUCACGACUGAGAGUGGAAAAAAUCGAGGGUGGAUUGAUGGUUGCUGGCGUUGUUAUUGCCGCAAACUGUCAGAUUGCACUUCCUGCAUUCGGUUUCCUAUUCAUGUUUGUUGGAGCAGUUUUAACUGCCGCAUCUUACCGGGGUCCAGGUGAAGAUGAAGACAAAGAUUCUUAUGCAGCCAGAAUAGCAUUUACCGGAAACUCGAGAAUCUUGGGCCCGAUUUGCAUCGUCGUCGGAGCGUUGAUGUUGGGACUCGGAGUGCUGUUGUGCAUGCUGACCAGACGUGCAAGAAAAAGAGAGCGACGGGUGGGCUUUCAUUGUCCUCUUCACGGGGAUUUUUAUCCACUGGGGCCUGUUAAAGGCGUCGGACUUCUCGGUAAAGAAGUGGGUCGAUGGCCGAAAAUCCCUUGCUUAAAAAAUCGCUCAGACGGCAAAACAAUCAACAGUUUUAUGGGAUCUCACAUGGGUCCGCCUCAGUGUCCUCAUUCUGUUCUCAGUAGCACGAGAAGUUCUGUCAGCAGUUCGCCACUGAGUCCGUGUCCAACACCAAUGCCGUUUCUUGUCACCUCGGGAUCUGUCAGCAGCGGGAUGGUUCAGAGCGUCGGAGCAAAUCUGUCGCCAGACCAGACUUUUGGAUCGAUCCGAUCUCUCUCGGUGACCCGAGAAGUAGCAAGCUUCCCACUAUCAAGAACACCGACACCACCGCCUCAACACAGGCCACCUACGUCAAAUACCGAAGAUUUAAUGGGAGUAAAUAGUCCGCUUCGUGAAUCUUCGCCUCGACCAGAAAUUCGAGUAGUAGCGCCGUCUCAUCGAGCAACAUCGGCCUUAGUAACAAAUUUAUCAUCAUCAUCAUCCAUUGGAAGUAUCCAAUCAAACCGUAAAUCCGUAAGCAUUUUACUUCCUGAGCCCAAUACCGCUGGAUGACCCCAGCAUGGCUUCGUCCAUCGCUGCGACGAGGCACCGCUCUCUAUGUGAGCCUGAUAAUCGCCAGAACUGCCUUGUGUUGCAUUAUCAGUUAUGGUUUAUAGUAAUUCUGUUGAACAAUCAUCACAAAUAAGACAACACGAGUUACUUUAUGGAUAAUAAAUAUUCAUCAGAAAUAAUGAAUUUCA